CACUUCCACCGUACCAAAGACCUCAUUAACACUUAGGUUUUUGUUUUUCCCCCUACUUGUGUUGUUGGUUUCUCUUACCUUUUUUUGUCUUCAUUUUGCCAUGGCUAAGUUCUUUGCUGCUUUCAUCUUGGCUCUCAUUGCCAUUUCAAUGCUCCAAACUAUGGUCAUGGCUGCUAAUGGGCAAGGAGGCCAUCUCUAUGACAACAAGAGCCAAUAUGGACCUGGGAGUGUCAAGAGUUAUCAAUGCCCAUCACAAUGCUCAAGGAGGUGUGGCAAGACCCAAUACCACAAGCCCUGCAUGUUCUUUUGUCAGAAGUGUUGUAGGAAGUGCCUUUGUGUUCCUCCGGGGUAUUAUGGUAACAAAGCUGUUUGCCCUUGCUACAACAACUGGAAGACCAAGGAAGGAGGACCAAAAUGCCCUUAAGCUUCAUCAACCACUUGCUUUCUAGUUUCUAUCCAAAUAUCAUAAUUAAUUCCCUUUGUGCCCUUUUAUCAUACUAGCUUAAUUAUUAUACUAAGCUUCUCUACUAUAUUUCAUGUGUUACUUAGCCAAAUGGUAGUAGCCCAACCUUAUUAGGGAGAUAUAUCAAAUACUCUUUGAUGUGUUUUAGGGUGACCCUUUUUGGUUUAUUUGGAAAAAGAAUGUUUUGAUGUAUUUUGGGGAAAUCCCCUUUUGAGUUAAUGUGGUGGUUUCUUUUAUAUGUUCGUAUCACUCCUUGAGGCUUUGUAUUGGCCUUUAAUGAGAGUGGCUAAUAGCUAAUGUUACUAUCAUAUAUGAAUGAAAUUUCUUAUAUUAUGUCUUA